CAUCGUAAAGAUGCUAAUUGCAAUGGUUUAACAGAUGUCUCGAAAAAACAAAACAAAUUAAAGUUUUGUGGUAACUAACGUUGACGUCGAAAGCAAAUACGAGUCAACAACGUUCACGCAUUUGGUGGUUCAGUGGCACUUGGAGUCGAACGCUCUUUCUUGCUGGAGAUUCUUUUGCGUUUGGUCGUGGACAUUGGCCAGUCUCUAUUGUAUAUGCAUAUUACAGUUGAAGUUUGUCAGCCGCGAGAUCAAUAGUUUCUGCAAAGUUCCUCAUCACCCCAAGCCUGAAACUUGACAACCUUUUCCAGCAUCCGAACGGAGCAAGUUGCAAUCAGCCGUUUCGUCAUGUCUUUAUUCGCCAUUUGGAAGCGAAGCAUCAGUUUACCCAGAAAUUUACUGCUAUUUAUUAUCGCUGUCUUCAUAAUAGCCGCGUAUGUCCAAAUUUCGUUGAAAAUGAACGACGAUGAAGUAAAACAAGAAAUUUGCUGUUCAUCUUCUUACUGGGACGAGCUGUUAGACUCCGAAUCGCUGACUGGCGAACAGCUCAUGGAAUAUUUCACGUGGACCAACCGAUCGUCGUGUCAAUUAGCUCACGACAUAGGAGGUAAAAUGUUGAGAAAUCCAUCGGGCAUAGAUGGCCAAAAGAGUGGCCAACCACACUAGUGCCAUCCAUUUUUUUGUGUGUGUGUUUAUGUUGGUAAUAUUGCAUCAGUCGAGAAAUUUGAUAUUUAUCGUUGCUCCGAUUACGGAUUUGAAGAGAAAAAUUUCUCAGGGGAUUCUCGUUACUAACCGACGCCCGUUUCCGAGUUUAAAAAAAAAAUGUUCGAAAUGGAAAGAGCAAAUAGACUGGCGAGGUGUAACGUAUCCAUUCGUGUUUAUCAAGAAAACAAACGUUGCUGUAAUUCAGGUUUAUUGUAUUCUGCUUGUGGGCCAGCCCUCCAUAUUUUGAAGCAUUUAUCUACGGACCAGACUGAAUUUGGGUUUAGUCGUCAUCAUAAAGAUACACCUGCUGUGCAGCAGUUAAACAGAUGUCCAUAAGAGUUUUGUGGUAUUUAACGUUGACGCUCAAAGCGAAUACGAGUUCACGUAUAACGCAUUCAUUCGUCGGUGUCGUGGCACUUUGGACGGACACUUUUUCUUGCUGCAGAUUCAGUCCGCAAUUCAAGCUUAGGCUACUGGGGAUUCUUUUGCGUUUGCCUUCAAAGCUGGCCAACUGUGUUACCUGUAUAUGACAGUUUAAGUGUAUAUUUUGCAAUUGGGAGAUCAUAAGUUAUUUCGGCAAAGCUUUGAAACGCAAGCACAGUGAAGUUUAAUUUGAAAAUCAGGUUUUUCAUCAUGUCGUUGUUUGAUUGCGUCACUUGGAAACGAAUGAACGCACACAAGCAUUUGCUGCUAUUCAUUAUCGUCAUCUUAAUAGCAGCCCCGUAUUUUCAAAUUCUGUUGAAAAUGAGAAACGAAGAAAGAAAAGAACAGAUUUGCUGUUCAUCAUCUUACUGGGACGAGUUAAUAGAAUCCAAGUCUUUAACUGGCAAACAGCUCAUGGAAUAUUUCACAUGGACCAACCGCUCGUCCUGUCAGUUAGCUCACGACUUUGGAGGUCAAAUGAUGAGUAAUCCAUCGGGCAUAGAUGGCCAAAAAUGUGUGUGUCUCGAUACUCGAAUAGCGCCACAAUCCGGCCAAUGUCUCGUCUACUCGUUUGGAAUCAACAACGAGUGGUCGUUCGAUGAACAAAUGGAGAGCUACGGUUGUCGAGUUUUCGCUUUCGAUCCAUCGAUGAACCAAAAGCCACACAAUCACAGCGGUGGGAUCCAUUUUUACGAUUGGGGACUGGGCGAUCGAAAUGAGAAGUUAUCCAACAAUUGGCAAAUUCAUUCGCUGUCUUCCAUAUACAACAACCUGACCGCUUGGCACGGUAAAGUGAUGAUCGAUUAUUUGAAAAUCGACAUUGAAGGCGCCGAGUGGAAUGCGCUGCCGGAAAUAAUCAACUCUGGCAUGUUAUCAAAGAUUCGGCAACUCGGCGUUGAAAUUCACCUGGACAGUGGAGCGUCGCUGGAACAACACCGCCAAUGGGCCAAAGUUUUGAGAUCACUCGAACAAAUGGGCAUGGUGCGUUUCGAUUCCAAACGCAACCCUUGGUUCACAGGAGAUUUCCAGAAAUUGCAGCUGUCCGGAUCCUUCGGUCACGAGAUUGCUUGGUAUAAUAGCAAACUCUUACGGGAUUUGCAUUAGUGACUGUUGUAACUGCUUUUUUAAAUAAUAUGCACAAUACACGAAUAGGUGAUA